AAAUUCUAGAUUAACAGUUAUUCAUUCAUGCUUAACAUCUCUCGCUCUCUCUUUACCGAGUGGCAUUUUUAUUUUUGCCUUUUGUAUAACUUUUAGGCAAAAUAGCACAGAGUUAGACCAACUCUGUGCUAUUUUUAAUGUGUUUAGCCUGACCGGAAGUUGGCCUCUCAUUGACAGGAAGCUGUCAGCAGUGUUGUUGUUGCUAGUGGGGACUGUUGUGUUGUGAAAAUGGCGACGCCUCGUCGCUCCUCUCAGCAACAGCAGCAGCAACAACAGCAGCAUCAGCCCAGCUCCCUGCUGUCUUCCCCGCCCCGCAGCUCUUCUAUCCCCUUCACUCCUCCCGGUUCUCCUCCUGCAUCCACCGACGAUGCUUCACUCCCUCCCCGAGGAAGUGGAGCGGAGAGCGUCGCUGACGGUGAGGCGAACCCGGCCUCUCCCACAACCAGCACAUCUCCAUCUCUGGCCCUCAGUGCCAACAGCAGCAGCAGCAGCACCAGCGCCAGUACCCGCAGCAGUAGCGCCAGCUCUCCGACCACCACCGAGGGGAGCGCGACCAGUCCUGGAUCAACACCCGAAUCAGGCAGCAGUAAUCCGGCCAGCUGCGGCAUCGGUGUCAUUGGUGCAAACGGAGCUUUCAGGGAACUGUUUGAAGCCUGCAGGAACGGGGACGUUUCCAGGGUAAAGAAACUGGUGGAUGCGGUGAAUGUAAACGCCAAAGACAUGGCAGGACGCAAAUCCACACCACUGCAUUUCGCAGCAGGCUUUGGACGAAAAGAUGUUGUCGAUCACUUACUUCAGACGGGCGCCAAUGUCCACGCACGGGACGAUGGGGGUCUAAUCCCGCUUCACAACGCCUGCUCUUUUGGUCACUCUGAGGUGGUGUCCUUGUUGCUCUGUCAAGGUGCCGAUCCAAACGCUCGAGACAACUGGAACUACACUCCGCUUCACGAAGCUGCCAUCAAGGGCAAGAUUGACGUCUGCAUAGUGUUACUGCAGCAUGGAGCCGACCCCAAUAUCCGCAACACUGAUGGCAAGUCUGCGCUGGACCUGGCUGAACCUUCUGCAAAGGCGGUGCUUACAGGUGAAUACAAGAAGGAUGAGCUGCUGGAGGCGGCGAGGAGUGGGAACGAGGAGAAGCUGAUGGCUCUGCUCACGCCGCUCAACGUCAACUGCCACGCGAGCGACGGCCGCAAGUCCACACCACUGCACCUGGCAGCAGGAUACAACAGGGUGAGGAUAGUUCAGCUGCUCCUACAGCACGGAGCAGAUGUCCAUGCCAAGGACAAGGGUGGUCUGGUGCCUCUACAUAAUGCCUGCUCGUAUGGACACUAUGAAGUUACAGAGCUUCUGCUAAAGCAUGGCGCCUGCGUCAACGCCAUGGACCUGUGGCAGUUUACUCCGCUGCACGAGGCGGCGUCCAAGAACCGAGUGGAGGUCUGUUCCUUGCUGCUGAGCCACGGUGCCGACCCCACGCUGCUCAACUGCCACAGCAAGAGCUCAGUGGACAUGGCUCCGACUCCUGAGCUGAAGGAGAGACUCACAUAUGAGUUCAAAGGUCAUUCGCUGCUUCAAGCUGCCAGAGAGGCCGACGUGACCAAAGCCAAGAAGACGCUGGCGCUGGAGAUCAUCAACUUCAAACACCCCCACACACACGAGACUGCACUCCACUGCGCGGUAGCAUCGCCUCACCCCAAGAGGAAACAGGUCACUGAGCUGCUGCUGAGGAAAGGAGCCAACGUUAAUGAGAAGAACAAAGAUUUCAUGACUCCUCUUCACGUGGCUGCAGAGCGAGCUCACAAUGACAUCAUGGAUGUUCUUCAGAAGCACGGAGCCAAGGUGAACGCUCUGGACACACUGGGGCAGACGGCGCUGCACAGAGCCGCUAUGGCCGGUCAUCUUCAGACCUGCAGGCUGCUGCUGGGGUACGGAGCCGACGCCUCGCUGGUGUCUCUGCAGGGUUUCACUGCCGCUCAGAUGGGAAAUGAAGCUGUUCAGCAAAUACUUAAUGAGAACGUUCCGGUGAGAAACUCUGACGUGGACUACAGACUCUUAGAAGCAGCCAAAGCUGGAGACCUGGACACUGUCAAGUCGCUGUGCACGGCUCAGAAUGUGAACUGCAGAGACCUGGAGGGGCGUCACUCUACCCCCCUUCACUUUGCUGCUGGAUACAACAGAGUGUCAGUGGUGGAGUAUCUCCUGCAUCACGGGGCCGACGUGCACGCCAAGGACAAAGGUGGUCUGGUUCCGCUCCACAACGCCUGUUCGUACGGUCACUAUGAGGUGGCAGAGCUGCUGGUCAGACACGGCGCCUCGGUCAACGUAGCCGACCUGUGGAAGUUCACUCCGCUGCAUGAAGCUGCCGCCAAGGGCAAAUACGAAAUCUGCAAACUGCUGCUAAAGCAUGGAGCCGAUCCGACCAAGAAGAACAGAGACGGGAACACGCCUCUAGACCUGGUGAAGGACGGGGACACGGAUAUCCAGGAUCUUCUCAGAGGCGACGCUGCCCUGCUUGACGCUGCCAAGAAGGGCUGUUUGGCCCGGGUGCAGAAGUUAUGCAGCCCAGACAACAUCAACUGUCGGGACACGCAGGGACGAAACUCAACUCCGCUGCACUUGGCAGCUGGAUACAACAACCUGGAGGUGGCAGAGUAUCUGCUGGAACAUGGAGCCGAUGUGAAUGCACAGGACAAAGGAGGGCUGAUACCUCUACACAACGCUGCUUCAUACGGGCACGUGGACAUCGCCGCCUUAUUGAUCAAGUACAACACCUGCGUCAAUGCCACAGACAAGUGGGCAUUCACUCCUCUCCACGAAGCAGCCCAGAAGGGCCGCACUCAGCUGUGUGCUCUUCUGUUGGCCCACGGAGCCGAUCCAACCAUGAAGAACCAGGAGGGACAGACACCACUGGAUUUAGCAACGGCCGAUGACAUCAGAGCCUUGUUGAUUGACGCCAUGCCACCAGACGCCCUACCCAGCUGUUUGAAACUUCAGGCCACAGUGGUGAGUGCCAGUGUGGUGAGCGGUGGAGCUGCAGGGGGCGUUGUCAUCUCUCCAUCUCCGUCCCCCUCCUGUCUCUCAGCUGCCAGCAGUAUAGACAACCUGACCACACCCCUUGGUGACAUCACAGUAGCAGGAGCUACUGGAACGGGAGACGGAGCCUCAGGGUCGGACAGAAAGGAAGGAGAAAGCCUGCUGGACAUGACCAUUAACCAGUUCUUAAAAAGCCUGGGGCUGGAGCAUCUCAGAGACAUUUUCCAGAGGGAACAGAUUUCACUGGACGUGCUGGCAGACAUGGGCCAUGAGGAGCUGAAGGAGAUUGGCAUCAAUGCCUACGGUCACAGACACAAACUCAUCAAGGGCAUCGAGAGGCUGCUGGGAGGUCAGCAAGGUGCUAACCCGUACCUGACCUUCCACUGUUCCAGUCAGGGCACUGUGCUGAUUGACCUGUCACCAGACGACAAGGAGUUUCAGUCCGUGGAGGAGGAGCUGCAGAGCACGAUCAGAGAACACCGCGAUGGAGGCAACGCAGGCGGAGUCUUCAGCCGGUACAACAUCAUCAAGAUCCAGAAGGUUGUGAAUAAGAAGCUGAGGGAAAGAUACUCUCACAGACAGAAGGAGAUUGCUGACGAGAAUCACAACCAUCACAACGAACGCAUGCUCUUCCACGGUUCUCCCUUCAUCAACGCCAUCAUCCACAAGGGCUUUGACGAACGUCACGCCUACAUCGGCGGCAUGUUCGGCGCAGGCAUCUAUUUCGCCGAGAACUCCUCCAAAAGCAAUCAGUACGUGUACGGGAUUGGUGGAGGAACGGGCUGCCCCACCCACAAAGACCGCUCCUGCUACGUGUGCCACAGGCUUAUGUUGUUCUGCAGGGUGACUCUGGGGAAGUCCUUCCUUCAGUUCAGUGCCAUGAAAAUGGCCCACGCCCCCCCUGGACACCACUCUGUCAUAGGUCGACCCAGUGUGAAUGGACUGGCCUAUGCUGAAUACGUCAUCUACAGAGGGGAGCAGGCCUACCCAGAGUACUUGAUCACCUACCAGAUCGUGAAGCCGGAGAGUUUGGCGACCCCUGCUGCCACGGCUGAACAGAAGUCCUAAACCCCAGACUCAGGACAGACUCUUGUAGACUUAAGUGGACCAGAACUGGACUAGAAGGAGUUUCAGAAUCUCCACGGCUGAACGAUGGCGGUCGUUCUCCACCAGAAGACAUUCCUCCAGAAGUGACUCCCACCUGGGUGUUAGAAGAAAAAAAAGAAAAAGAGGUUGUGAGAUUUUCAGCUGUGACGUGUUUUUGUCCAAACAGCAGCAGAAAAAAAACCGUUUCCCUCUUUCAAGUUUUUCUUGUUAAUUGUUAGUUACUUUUGCAGGAGAAAAUGCAAAAGGCAGAAUUGAUGUGUCUGGAAGCGAAGCAGUGAGCUAAUUAUUUUAAUUAGCUGAGCUGUGGCUUAAAAAAACACAUUAAUUGAGCCACUAAUAACAUUCACAGCCCAAAAGCAAAACUCCAGAUAAAAUCUUCAAGGACUUUCUAAGAUUACAUCAGUCUUCUUCUCCUCUCUGGUUUCAACAUCUUGUCUCGUCAUCUUCUGGCUUCGAGCUUCAUCCACAGCAACAAAACAACAACGAUAAAAAGACGAAAGAAAAUAGCCGCAGGCUGCGUCCAGAAAGAUCAGCCGUAGUCACGCUGAGAAAACAACAAAAUUCACUUCAUUGUUUUUCUGUUUCAGCUCAUCAGGUUUUCUCCCUGUGGUUGUGAAGCUGUAGAUGAUGUAAAAGGUGUGAAAACAGAGGAGAAAAUGGAGAUUAUUUUAGUAUAAAAAAAUGACCAAAAUAAUAAUCCACAGUUUGUCAGAAGAGCGCCAACUAUUGACCAAGCUCCCAGUAGACGACCAGAUCAUAGUCUUCAGUGGAAGGCUGAGCUUGGUGUCUAACCCAGACAGCCGGGGGUGUUUGUCGUUGUUGAUGUUCCCGAAUGUCUCCUCUGUAUUCAGGGAGUCAGAGGACGUUUCAUUUUACUGCCAUUCAUUCAUCCAUGAAUGUCCACACAAGCUGAAGGGACAAAACUAUUUGACCUUCAGUCGACCACAUACAUACUAAUAUAACAGUGGGGUCUGAUGGACGACGCAGCAGCUGAAUCCUUUAAUGACCUGCUUGUUGUCUGUGUCAGUGGGUUGGUUACACCCCACGCGGUGGUAGAGUGGAGUGGUUAAAAUACAAAACCUCCGAAUAUGCAGUAUCAUCGCAACAGUACAACCUAAAGUGACCCUAGGUGUGAAUGUUAGUGUGAAUGGUCUAUUGGCUCUGUAUGUGACCCCUUGAAGGGCUGGAGAAGGUGUGUCACCCCUCCCUCACCCUUUGACCCCUGGGAUUAACCCCAGUUUAUCCCACGACCCUGAACGACAAAAGAUGAAUAUAUGAAAUGUUUUUGAAGACUUUAAAAAAGUCAUCAGUAAAUGACCUCGUCACAAACUUAGAACCCCUCCUUCCUCCCCCACAGUAGUCAGCUGACUACAUCCAUCAUUCACAUACAGACCAUGAUACUCACACUUCAGCAGCUACAGUCACCACUUCACAGCCAUCAACCCUAACCUCACCACCCAGUCCAGUCUGGUCGUCUUGUAUAAGAUUAACAACAACAAAAGCUUCACUUUGUUACUGAUCUUGUCUCGUGCAGCUCUACUUUUAUACAUAUUUUUUUUUUUUAUUGUCGUUACAUUUUCUCUGUCUAUACAAAACAGACUUCCUUCUGCUUCCUUUUUUUCCCCAAUGUACCUGGAAAUAUUGGUCGCCAUCUUGUGGUGGCACGGAGGAACUGUUCGAGAUGGCAUUCAAGAGCUAUAUAUUUUUAUUCUUACUUUUUGUUUUCUGUUUUGUUUAUAACCAACUAACUGUUACCGAAAUGUGAAAUGACCAGAUGUUGUAACAACUUGACUGAAAUCGAGGAUGGUUAAUCUGUUGACCGUCAAGAGUCUCAGUUAAUCUGUGGGAUUAUCACCCACGACAGUCAGAGGAGCUGCUGCUCACACUCUGCACUGUGACCUUAACCCUUUGGUUUCUUCUUUCCUUCCGUUACAUUGUAAUUUAUGAACUCAUGACAUUUGUACACUACAUGGGACCAGGAGCGACUCUAAUGUCUUUAUCCUCGAUGAAAAGGGAGUGACGGAAAAAGUUCAAAGGCCUUUGGAGAUUCCCAGAUAUGAUUGGGAAUGGAAUGGGAAGUGGCCUUAUACACUUUAGAGUGAACAGACUUUGCCUUGAAUUCAUUUCUGGAAACACCGUUGAAGGUGACACUCACUGUCAGAAAGAAAGAGAUGCUGGUUUAAGCACUUUUUGAGACCAGUUUUUGAAACUCAUUAACAAAAAAAAAAAACAUUAAAAAUAUAUAACCCAAUAUUUGUUUCAACAUUAUCCUCGUCUCAGUCUACAGAGCUCCAGACAUGACAUUCAAAAAGGUUCAAUCACUGGGUCCUUAACUGUAACAGAACUUGUUCCACUUCUAUGGAGUUUUUAUUAAUCAAAUAAGGCCAGUAAUGCCUUCAAUGUCUGAGGAAAAUGCUGCGCUACAUUUUUGUCAACUCAAGUCUUGAAAAGCUCAAUUGGAUGCUUUUAAUUCAGAUGCCUCGCCCUGUAAAUCUAAUGGCAGUGAUGCGUCACUGUUCUAGGGCUAAUCUACUGUAGGAUUCAUGCACUCUUACAGUGCUGGUACAAAUAAAGUGAAAUGUUACAUUAAAAAAACUAAUUCAAUUCAGAACCUGAAUGGAGGUGAUUUUCAGUCUGUGGUGUUGAAAUAAUGUCAGUGAUGCCUUUACUGUCCUAGGAAAGUCCGAUUGUGCUUCUUACACACAAUAAAAUUCAAAUUUUUUUGGUAAUGCAUUAUGAUGCUUGUUACAGGUUAAGCCACACGAUGGCAGUAUUUCAUGUUGCAGAUGUGCUAUUCACUACACUAUUGAACCACAUCCACUGGCCCACAGGUCAUUUUAAUUAAAAAUGUAUUCUUUUUGAUCACACGUCUGGAGCCCAGUAGAUUUCUGGAGUAAGGCGAGGUUUGAGUUGAGGGUUUGAGUCCCGGCUCUACACUGUCUGCUCUUAAAGGCCUGAGAUUAAAACAUUUUCCCCGUCUGUUUUGCAGCCCACACAGCUGAUGAUAAUUUAUCAUCUCAUUAACGAUUAAUUUUUGGAAAGUAAAUAGCGAUUUAACGGAGGCUGGCAACAAAAGGAACUAAGAAUCAUUUAAAAACAAAGGAAUUAAAAUAUUUAAAAUGACACAACAGCUGAGCAGUGAAGGACAAAAACUAAUCGGCUACAAAUUCUCUUGUAAUGACAAAGUUUUUAAAGACAAAUCAGUGAUGAGCUGCAGCACAGAGAAGAAAAUACAAACUCUGUAACAUAAAUGAUGCCGCAGUGA